CUUCUUCACAAAAAAAAAAAAAAAGAACAACACUAAUCAUAAUGACAACUGUUACAGAUGCUAUAGAACAAAAUACUUUUAAUAGGGAGCUCAAAAUAUUGAAUCCACCAAAAAGUGCUAGUCCUAUUGCUGAUUUGCCAGAGUCUGCUUAUAAACUAAGUGCUAAUGAACUCAAACAAUUGUAUCAAUCCCAACUUGAAUAUCGUCAAAAUCUUGAAAAUAGACCAUUAAAAACACAAAAGAUGAGAGACAGUGAAGAGCAAGAAAAAUUAAAACGAUAUCCUAAAACAACAAUUCGUGUUCGAAUGCCUGAUCAUACAAUUGUACAAGCCGUUUUCCAAUCAAAAGAAAAAGUGUCCGCGUUGUAUGAAUUCAUAAGAUCUUUAUUAGAAACACCUGAGCGUAAAUUUGUACUUUGCUUGCCACCCCGUACUAAAUUGGUUGAACCAUCAAUUAGUUUGUUCAAAGCUGGGUUAUCUCCAGCAUCAAAUGUGUUGUUUGGCUGGAUUGAAAAAGGAGAAGGAGGAAAAGAUCUAAAGCAAAUAUAUCUCGAUAUGAAGCAAGAUUUAACGCCUGCUGCUUCUCCUCAAUCAUCUUCAUCACAUGUGCCUACUAUUUCAUCCAUUUCAAAUAAUACUAAUCAACAAAAAUCAGCAUCGAAAUCUAUUCCAAAAUGGUUACAAAAAGGACUAUUUAACAAGAAAUAAAAUAGCAUAUAAAUAGAUACAUACAUACAUACAUAUAUAUAUACAUAUAUACAGUUAAAUAAGUUGGCUUUUAUAGUUUCUUUUUGUAUUAGAGUCUUUGACAGAAUAUCCUUUCAUUAUCUGUUUCUA